AUGGGUCAGGUCCUGAAUACUGAAGAUACUAACUAUAAAGGAUUAGUGGAAAUUUGUCCAAAUCCAACAACUUUGGCGCGACAAAUGACGCUUAUUGAAUUGGAGCGACUAAAUAUGAUUGGUCCAGAUGAAAUUGUUUACGCUUCAAUGGAUGAUGACGCUAGAAAAAGAUAUGGCAAUCGUACGAAUAACAUAAGAUACUAUAUUGAUUGGUCAAACCGAUUGACCUAUCUUACGGCUACGGAAAUACUACGAUGUAGUAAAAGGCAGUGCCGGGUGCAUACUAUUGAAUACUUCAUUGAUGUUGCUAAAGAAUGCAUCAAUGUUGGCAAUUUCAAUUCAUUUAUGGCUAUCGUAGCUGCUUUGUCGCUACCACUUAUUGCAAGACUGAAAAAGACUUGGAAUCGUGUUGAGAAAAGUAAGCUUGAAAUUCUUCGUCAUCAGUUCGAUCCAACAGCAAAUUUUGUCAGUUAUCGGUCAACUCUUAAAGCGGCAAUAUGGCGCUUUAAUAGUGCUCGGAACGAAAGCGAUGCCAUUAUCAUACCAUUUUUUGGUCUUCUAAUGAAGGAUCUAUCAUUAUUGCAUCGUCAAUGUGCACAAUUACUCCCAAAUGGACACAUAAAUUUUAAGAUGUUCAGCCAGUUUGGCAGCGAAGUGUCAAAUUUUGUGAAGUGGAAAAAUCGCAAAUGUUUAUUUGAACGUGAUACUCGCACUUUGCAUCAACUUCUUCUGUCCAGAACACUCACUGAAAAACAACUGAUCAAAUUAUCAUAUAACUGCGAAGUGGCAGAACAAACGGCGGAAAAAGAGCUGUACAGGCGACUAAAAAAUGACAAUGAAACUCAAUGA